AUGAUAUCCAAGUCAGAGCAGGACACCCGCGUGGUCAUCGUGAUAGGCGCCACGUCGGGCAUUGGCGUCGACCUGGCCAAAGACCUCCAUACACGCGGAUGGACGGUAGCCUGCGUUGGACGCCGAGAAGAUGCCGGUCAGGAACUGGCGACGAGCCUUGGGAAGAGGGCGCACUUCUUCCGGGCAGACAUGAGCAACUACCAGAGUCUGGCCGCCAUGUAUCAGCAGGUGUUCCAACUCUACGAAAGGCUCGACGCUGUCUGCGUCAAUGCGGGCGUCGUCGACUCCUCCUCGAUCUACCAGUUGACUCGUCGCGGCGCAGGAGUCGACGAGAUCCCCCCGGAGCCAGACCUUUCGUGCACAGACAUCAACUACAAGGGUGUCAUCUAUGCGACCGUGCUAGCGACGCAUUUCAUGCGCCAUAACCAGCCUCAGCCCGGCGGUAAGAUCGUGGUGACUGGCAGCAUUGGCGGUAUUUUCCCACACCGAUCCUACCCAGAGUACUGUGGUACGAAGGCAGCCGUGGACCAGUUUGUUCGCGGUGCUGCACCGCUGUUGAAAGCUAAGGAUAACAUCUACAUCAACUGCGUCCUGCCAGGAAUCGUCGCCACGCCGAUUGUGCCCCCUGAAAUGAUCGAGGCUGUCUCCGCGGAAUGUUUGACGCCCGUUCAGACAAUCCUGGACGCAUAUCAGGUCUUUUUAGAGGACAACACCGGCAUGGCGGGCGAACUGCUGGAAUGCUCGGCAGACAAGAAGAUCUUCUACCAGCUGCCAGCCCUUGGUAAUGGACAUGUCACCAAGCGAGCAGUCACCGUGUGGGAGCCCCUGUUCCGACUGAUGCACGGCGAGGAUUCCCAGCUGCCGGAUGCCAUUGCGUGA